AUGGAGCAGUUGCUACAGUCCUCAUCGGCGUCAGUACGGAAGAUGAAAUCGAAAGCAGCCAACUACGAUCCCAACAUUCAUCGUUUACCAUGGUAUGGCGGAUUGCUGCUGAUUGCAUUGGUGGCGUUCUGUGGAACCGGAAGUUACCUGUCCUUCUUCUACCUGCCAACGGCCCUCACCGAAGCUGAUCUUGAGCUUCAUCCAUUCGCAUUCAACGGUGCUCGUGCAUGGGAUAGCCUGACGCGGCUAGAUGCACUCGGUCCAAAGACAACCGGCUCACGAGCCAACGAAGAACAGGCGGUGCAGGUGCUGGAGCAUGAAUUUACGCUCAUCAACGCUUCUCGUCAUCCCGCCCAGGAAGUGCUGUACGAGAAGCAGAUAGUAUCAGGCCAGUACGGUAUCAACUUUUUCGGUAGUCCAAUGACGAGCGUGUAUCGCCGGGUGCAGAACCUGAUCGUGAAGCUCGCGGGUGUCGAAGAUCAGCACGCGUUGAUGUUGAACUGUCACUUCGAUUCCGUCGCCAGCAGUCCAGGAGCGAGCGAUGAUUGUGGUAGCUGUGCGGUCAUGUUGGAGAUCUUGCGCGUGUUGUCUCGUGCCCCAGAACGGAAUCGCCACCCGAUCGUGUUUCUGUUUAAUGGUGCCGAAGAAACGCCACUGCAGGCGUCGCACGGUUUCAUCACCGAGCAUCGAUGGGCGCGGAAAGUGCGUGCCUUUCUUAACCUCGAAUCGGCUGGAUCCGGUGGCAAAGAGCUGCUGUUCCAGAGCGGACCCCAGCAUCCGUGGCUAAUCGAGGCGUAUUCACGUGCCGUCCGGCAUCCAUUCGGUCAGGCUAUCGGUGAAGAGAUUUUCCAGUCCGGCCUCAUACCAUCCGAUACGGAUUUUCGCAUCUUCCGUGACUUUGGCCACAUACCAGGGCUAGACUUUGCUCACAUCUUUAACGGAUACCGGUACCACACGCGGUUCGAUUCCGUGCAGUACCUUUCGCCAGCGGUUUUGCAGCGUACCGGCGAUAAUAUGCUCUCGCUGGUGCGUCUUCUCGCCAACGGUGACCAGUUGGCUCGCAGUACCGAAAAGUCCGAGGGAAGUAAGGUGUUUUUUGAUUUCUUGGGCCUAUUUUUCGUCUCAUAUUCAGCGAUCGAAGGUACGGUUCUGAAUAUAACCGUAUCGAUUACUGGUUUACUGGUUGGCAUCUGGAGCAUUCUUUCAAUCGUCGGUUGGCGUCACUGGCUUUCGAUGGUGUUGGAAAUAUUGCAUGGAUUUGUGGCCACUUUAGUAGCUGCCGGUGCAGCAAUCGGGAUUAAUCUGGUUACUGCGUUCGCGCUGGAUCACACUUCUGUAGAUCGCUCGAUGUCGUGGUACUCAUCCUGUUGGCUUGUGAUCGGCCUGUAUUGUGUACCGUCCAUGAUGCUACUGUUGGUCGUUCAUCGUGAAUUCCAUAGACUACUCAGCAAAACAAAGACGGUCCUUUCCCUAACGCUAACGGUACAGGCUCGUAUUACGGGUGUGACACUCUUCUGGUCACUGAUUACAAUUGGUGCCACUGCAUUCGGGGUCCGGUCAGCGUACGUUAUCGCUAUACUGCUUACCCUGGCUCUGUUCAGCACUGUGUUAAUAACAGCACUAAAACUACAAUCGUUCCCGUCCGGUUAUUGGCUCAUCAUUUAUCUGAUCGUGCACAGUGUCGGUCUUCUCUGGACAACGCAGUUUUAUCACAUUUUCACCAACAUCUUCAUACCCAUUACGGGCCGUUCGGGAGCGAAUGAUAAUCCGGAUUUCAUUAUCGGUACCGUGGCGGCGGCUUGUACUAUUUUUUCGACUAGCUUCCUUAUUCCGCUCGUCAACUUGUUGCGCAAACCUUACCGUACGAUCAGCACGCUACUCGCCCUAUUUGUGAUCGCUCUAACAUUGGCCACGGUUUCCCCGCUUGGGUUCCCUUACACCGCACCUGGCCCUUCACCUACGGAUGCUCCUAAAGUGCAGCGCAUUCUUGUGCAGCAUACGGUGCGUCAAUUUUUCCCACCCAACGAAACACAAACGGCCCUUUCGUCAGACGCUGGCUAUCUGUUUCGUCUCUGGGAUCGUCACAACGAGCGCACGGUGCGAGGUAUACUUGAAACACAUCACGUAAAAGCAUUUAGUGCUCACGCACUCAACCCAGCCGAUUGUAAGUCGGAAGUUUUCUGUGGGUUACCGUGUUCCGCAAUACGGUUUACUUCGCUAUGGUCACCUCAACAAAACCGUCCACACACACCGGAGAUGGUGCAGCUGUCGUUGAAUGGUUGGGAAACUGUACGUCGCACUGCAACCAGUUCCAGGAUAAAGCUAAAGUUGAACCUUAACGGAAGCUUUCAAUCGUCCCUGCUCGUGCGUCCAAAACGCAACGUAACUCUAAUCGACUGGAAUCUCACAGCGGACGUGCCAGCGCAGCUAGCAACCGGAGGCCAUAAAGCGUACUUCAUACUCAUCACGCAUGGACUCGCCGGAGAUCCGGUGGAGCUGACACUGGAGCUUGAAGCAGAUAGAAAUCCGGAAAUGGCUGAACCUGUUGUGGAUAUCAGUGUGACGUCUAAUUUUUGGGAGUACCAGCAACAUUUCACAGAUGAAUUCCGCCGCUUUGUAGCGUCGUUUCCUAGCUGGGCACACGUAGUACCAUCAGUAACUGUGGUGAAUGUUUACAGUUUUUAA